UUGGCCUUUCUCAGGAAGCAGCUUGGAGCCCCUGGAGUAGUGUAAUGCCAAUGUUCCUCUUGGCAUUGCUGUUUUUGAAAAUUUAUCAGAGUGAAGCCUUUUAUGACCCUUUGUCAUUGAUUCCUGGAUCUCUGAAAGUAACCACCAGUUCUUCUCAGCAGCGUUUACAUUUACAGUGGAAUGUUCACAAUCUUUCUAAUGACCAAGCAGACCAAUUAAAAAUGAUUUUCCAGAUUGAGAUCAGUAGAGUUAAUACAUCCAAUGUCAUAUGGGUGGAGAAUUAUACCACUGCAGCGAACCACACUCUGCAGUGGAGCUGGGAAUCUGAGCUACCACUGGAAUGUGCCACCCACUUUGUAAGAAUAAGAAGUUUGAUGGGUGAUGAUGCCAGCAGCAUCAAGCGGAGGGUCUGGAAUGAAUGGAGUUCCUGGGAGGAAGUUCAUGUCCUGUAUUCAUUUGCAGAUAAAUCACUGUUGGUUUUCCCUAAAGAAAAGGUGGUGGAAGAGGGCUCCAAUGUCACCAUGUGCUACAUUUCUAGGAAUCACCAAAACAACAUAUCAUGUUAUGUGGAAGAUAAAGAGAUAUACGGAGAACUGCUCGACUCAAAUGUUGCUGUGUUGCAUUUGAUACAUGUUCCUUUCAUUAGAGCAACAGGGACGAAUAUCUUAUGUAAAACGGACACAGAUUAUGAAGGCUUUGUUCUCUAUGUCAAUGAAAAACUUAAGGACUUUUCUUGUGAAACCCAGGACUUCAAGACCUUGACCUGUACUUGGGACCCGGGGACUGAGUUAGCUCAUGAGCAACUUUCUGUACAUUAUAGUCUACUGGAAUCAAUUUCUGGGAAUAAGAUCCUUUGUCAACAGAAAAACUGUUGCAAUUGGCAAAUAACUCAAGAUUCACAAGAAAUGUAUAACUUCACCCUUGUGGCCGAAUACAGCUUAGGAAGGAGAAGUGCCAAUAUUGGCUUUAACCUGACUCAUCGAGUCCACCCAAAGGCUCCUUUCAAUUUAUUCCCUAAAAAUGUCACUGCCAGGAAUGCCACCAUAACUUGGAAGGUACACUCUCUUGGGAAUAAAUCUUCACUUUUGUGUCAGCUUGAACUUCAACAUGAAGGAACAGUCAUACAACACAAUGUUUCCAUCAAAAUGGAUGGUGAGUACCUCUGGCAAGAUCUGGAACCUUCCACAGAGUAUGUGGUGCAGGUGCGCUGUGCUGAUUCCAAUCACUUCUGGAAAUGGAGCGAAACAGUUGCUCAGAAUUUCAGCACACUUGAAACUGCACCCUCGGAGGCUCUUGAUGUCUGGCGAAUAGUGGAAUCCACGCAAGAACAAUAUAAUGUAACUUUAUUCUGGAAGCCUCUUUCAAGAUUACAUACCAAUGGAAAGAUUCUCUUUUAUAACAUAACUACAAAAAAUCUAGACGAACCAUCCGAGCUACACUUUGACUCCAUUCCUGUUCCGGCCCAUAGCAAGGUGCUAACCCUCAAGCGGUCGUCUUACGAGAUCCUUGUCACAGCAGCCAACAGUGCAGGCUUGUCACCUGCAUCAGUCCUUGUCAUCUCUGGGGAGCCUGAAAACAGUGAGUCUUAUGUCAAAGAAGAACAAGUUAAUGGCACAAAGGAGGGAAUCUUGCUGUCUUGGAAACCCCAGUCGGAUGCUAUCAGCUACGUGGUGGAGUGGUGUGAGGGUUCCCAGGACGAGACCUGCCAUCUCCAGUGGAAGAACUUGGGCCCCAACACCACAAGCACAGUCAUCAGCUCAGAUGCUUUUAGAGCAGGGGUCCAAUACAACUUCAGGAUAUAUAAGAUUUCUACCAAAAGAAUUGCUUAUUUAUUAGAGAACAAAAAAGGCUACACUGAAGAACUGGCUCCCAGAGAGAACCCUCAAGUGCACGUGACUAAACUGGCACCUCACUCCUUCACUCUGAGUUGGGAGAACUACUCCCCGGAUGCUGCCUCCCAGCCUGGCUUUAUCCGAGGGUACCUAGUCUACCUGAAAUCCAAGGCGGAGCACUGCCCCCCAAGAUUUGAAAAGGCGUUUCUUUCAGAUGAUUCAGUAUGUUGCAAACAAAAAAUCGACAAUCCACAUAAAAAGUCAACUAAAGUGGAAGAUCUCCAGCCAGAAUCCUAUGAAUUCCUCGUCACUUCAUACAACAGUGUCGGUGAGGGCCCUCGUGAUGCUUUCAGAAAGAUCUUAACUCCAGCGGAGAAUUCCCAUAUGCUGAUGUAUAUCAUAAUCCCCAUGGUUGUUGGUGUUUUAAUCACGACGGCUCUCUGCUACCUGAAAAGUGAAUGGGUGAAGGAAAAAUGUUAUCCAGAUAUUCCCGAUCCUUACAAGAGCAGUGUCUUGUCAUUAAUAAAAUCCAAGGAGAAUCCUCAUCUGACAAUAAUGAACAUCAAGGACUGUAUUCCAGAUGCGAUUGAAGUUAUAAAGAAGCCAGAAGGGAGUAAGAUACAGUUCUUAAGUACUAGGAAGUCACUCACAGAAACGGAACCAAAACCUGCUUAUCUUUAUCUCCUCCCAACAGAAAACUCUUCCAACCCUGAACCUUGUAUCUGUUUUGAGAAUUUUACCUAUAAUGAGACAGUUCCCGGCUCUAGUUGUUGUGCCCAUGUCCCAGUACCUCCCGAAGCCCUGCCCAGUCACCUGGAAUUAUUAACUUCACCUGAAAAUGUACUACAGGCACUAAAAAAAGACUAUAUGAAUUCCCUGGGAGAAAUUCCUGCUGGAGAAACUAGUUUGAAUUAUGUGUCCCAGUUGGCAUCACCCAUUUCUAGAGACAAGGAUAGUGUGCCAGCGAAUCCUCCACUAGCAGAACUCUGUUCUGAGUAUAAAAUGCAAAUGGUUUUCCCCGCCUCGACCCAGAGGGAGGACACCAGUGUCUCCUCCAAUACCCUCCCAGAUCCAGGCGAACACUUCCGCUAACACUUCCAGCACUACCAUUUCAUACCUUCAUGCUACUUGUAAAGCAAGCACAGGCAGCACCGUUCCAGCACCAGAUGCCUUGGUGCUUGAUCCCAGUGAACAGUCAGUUUACAGGUCAGGUUUAUGGGCAACCUCUAUAGUCUUGCCAUGUUUCAAAGGUCAGAAGACUAAGAACCUCUCCCCUCCACCCGCCACGCCAUGGGGCAAGCUUGCUGUAGGGGUUGGAGCAUGGGAACAGACUCACCUUGCUGCCCUUGAGUUCCAAGUUUACUGGUGCAACUGGAGCUGCCACCUGACACUGGCACAGUCUGUUCCCUGACAAGGUGGCCCUCAUCCUAGUAGUUUGGUUUUUAAUGAGAAGCUAUUUUCAUUCAUUUUAAACGCACGUUUAAUACCUUCAGGAUAGAGCAAGUAGAUUUAAGCUUCAACUGAGGCCACAGAUCUGUCACCAAAACAUCAAUUAUCAAUGUUAAUUUAUCAAUGCUAAUUUACUCUGGAUGUCUGUAAUGAAUAAGACACAGAUGUUUGAGACAAACAGAAUUUAGACAUGCCUGGCCUAAAAUCUGUUAACUGACUAGGAUUUAUAGUUCAUUUACCCAGUAAAAUGAACUGUUGUGGGGCGUAGGCCUUUUCUGUUAGGUAAAAUGUGAAUGGAUUAAAAAAAAAAAGACCAAUGCCUAACAUCACUAUGAGAGGGGGGCUGGCCAGAACUCCAGACUUCAUGUCAAGGGAACAGGACUCCUCCUUAGUAGACACCAGUCUUGUAUCUUAACUUUCGAUGACUACCUCAUAAUAAGGGAAAACUAAUCACUAAGUAAUCCAUCACAUUUUGUUUCUUUCCCAAAGAACAAUAAUACGUAUGCUGUUAUCAUUUACAAUCCUUUAUACUCUACUAGGCUGUCUGGAUCAACAGAAUACUAUUACUAUUUCACUUAAAAGUCCUAGUAUGCUAACAUAAUAAAAAACAAAAUUAAAGCACACAGUUGGAUACCAUUUAGGCAAAACUAUGAAAAGUUGCAUCUAGUGGGAAAUUCUGUUGGCUCAACAGUGCCUUUGUCGCCUUGAAUGAAUAUAUGCCAUGUAAUUGGUACAUUACAUACAUUUGAUAGAUGUUAAUUCCUAACACACGUAGAGCCUCUCCGUUUCUUCUGCCAUGUUUCACUGGGACCUGGAAGAAGGUCCUCACUGGACAAUGCUAGUUGGCCCAGCCACAGAACUGUUCAAAAUAAACUUUUGUUUGUCCCUACCAGGUCUGUGGUAUUUUGUUACAGCAGAC